GUACAAUUUUGAACAAAAUAAUUAUUGUUAUUUAUCAUUUUUCAUCUUUACACAAAAUCCUUUAUCAAAAUUAAUACAUUAUUGAUAAUAAAAAGUAUUGUUUCUUUAUAGAAUGGAAUGUAAUUGGAUAAAGAUUUCUCCCAAUUUACAAAAAGGGCUAUCUUUAAUAAACACUUUAGAUGAUACAAAGUUUGAACAGUUUCUUAAAAGAAUAGUUCUUAAACUGAUUAAUCAAGAAACAGACCAUGUGUUUACAGAAGAGGAGAGGAAAAAAUUGGAAAUAAUAUUUAAAAUUGAUGAAGAGAAACUCCUUCUGGCUAUAAAAACAAUCAUAUAUGUAUUUAAAAGAGUUCUUAAAUUCAUAUUUAUGCCAGUCGACCUUAGACAAGAUUUUAUUACAUUGGGUUUAAAUGAAGAAAAAGCUGAUGUCUUUUCAAAAGUUUGGUGCGCAGAAACAAGCACUACUCUUAAUGAACUUACAAAUAGUGCAGGAGAUCAAUAUGAAAAUAAUCCAGAAUUUUCUUGGAAGUUGAAUGCUGAAUUAAGCUCAGUGUAUCAUAAAAAAUGUAAAGUGCCUAAGGCCUACAUAAAGAUUAUUGGAAAUAAGAAUGAAGCUGAAGUUGAAUUAACACACAAUGAACUUCAUGCAAUAUUCCUACAAUUUGAAUCAAUUGAAAAUGAGUUGGAUAAUUUACUUUUGCCUUAAAUUAGGAUUAUAUAAAAAUGAAUUAGGGGUAAGGGGUAAGAUUAUAAAUACCUAAAUGAAUUAGGGGCUUUAUUAUUCUCACAUGAAAAUUUAGUUUAUGCAAAUAAAUACUUACCUAUUUAUAAUUAUU